GACCUCCACACAGGAGUUCACAGCGAUCGGUUCAACAUGAAGAACUCUAGGAAUGUGGUGGUUACGGUGGGUGAUUUUGAUGGCGGAGGUAUCUGGCAAGAGGGCACGUCGCCCGACCACCCCCUUGUUGAGAUUGAGUCUCCGAAUGGCAACAAGCUUCAGGGCUUUGUACAGCCGGUGCGGAACCGCAUUGUGAAGGUGGACCCGAAGAAGCUGCACAUGUCAAUGCCGUGGACGGGAGGAACGAAGUGGACUAUCAUUGCACACACCAUCGGUGGCUAUGCUAAACUGCAGGCAGCCGAUCUAGAACAGCUGGAUCAGCUGGGGUUUCCACACCCCGCGAGCAAGGAGGCGAAGUCACUAGCACCAAUUCAAGGGCGCUAUGAGGAAGAAGAAUGGCAAGCUCGAUAUUGGAUGAGAAGGCUGCUGGACGAGGAGGAGCAGCUCAAAGCGACCGUUCCCAAGGAGCACGAGGAAUACUUCCGAGAGGUUACUUCCGCCAAUGAGGACUGCUUGCGCAACCUUGAACUACGUGAGAUGUAUGUCAAUCAUGAGCGCAAGGAUGUCGACCAGUGGAUGCAGAUAAGACCUCUCCAAGUGGUCUAUACUGUGGCGUUGGAAGAUGUCAAGCAGAACAUUGCUGCAUGGUCGGAGGCCAUCCACAAGGAAGCCAAAGCCCUCUUGGAUGCAGGAGCGCUG